AUGGUCAACUCACCACUACCAACGGAUAUGGCCGCGGAAUGUAAAAAGGCUGCGAAGACAAUCGAGCAUUUUAUCAAACCGGCAACCGGUCGUGGGCCCGACCAGCUCAUUCCGUCUCACGUCAUAGCGAAUGCAAAAGGAAUAGCCGUAUUGACGGUCAUUAAGGCUGGCUUCCUAUUCACGGGCCGUGCGGGGUCUGGUCUUGUGAUUGCAAAACUUGAAGAUGGAUCUUGGUCAGCUCCCUCGGCAAUCGGCACGGCGGGAAUGGGUGUUGGAGGUCAAAUCGGUGCCGAAUUGACGGAUUUUGUCAUCAUUUUGAACACCAAGGACGCUGUUCGCGCCUUCUGCCAUGGAGGAAACAUCACAUUGGGAGGAAACCUCUCUGUUGCUGCUGGCCCUGUCGGUCGUAAUGUCGAAGCCGCCGGAACCAUUGGAAAUCUUGCCGCCAUCUUCUCGUACAGCAAAACGCGAGGACUGUUUGCUGGAGUGUCGAUCGAGGGAUCUGCCAUUAUUGAGCGCAAAGAUGCGAACGCUUCCUUCUACAACAGGAAGGUCAGCGCCAAGGAGAUCCUGACCGGUGGGGUUACACCGCCUCCGGCUGCGGAUGACCUUUACAGAGCACUUGACAUAAAAUUCGGAGCCAUUGCCGAGCACGCAGCGGCGAAUCCUCAUACUCCCGGUCAAGGAUUCCUUUCCAACUUCAAGAAGAACAGCAACAACUCUCCUCCCCCUGUCGUACCGCCAUCUCCCGCAGCCGCAGCCGCCAUUGUCGCCGCAACACCAUUCGGUACGCAACAACCGACCCCUGUCGCGCAGCCCGCUCAGUGGGCGAACCUCGCCGGCGCCCCGACAGAGAAGGUUGGAGGCUUCGUGAGACCGUCCGGUCCUGCCGUUGUUGCCGCUCCCCCACCACCACCGGCAAGGAAGACCAGUGCCAGUGCCAUCGCGAUGUACGAUUUCGCUGGUGAGCGAGCGGAUGACCUUUCCUUCAGGAAAGGUGACAUCAUCGCCAUUACGAAGCAGACGAACAACCAGAACGAUUGGUGGACGGGCCGUUGUAACGGCCGAGAAGGCGCGUUCCCGGCAAAUUACGUGGUUCUUCAGUGA